AUGAGAGGCGACCCUGCGACGCCGUGCACGGCCCUUCCUCCGCCUACGGUGGCCUCGCGAGAUGGGCAGGGUCAUGCCGUGAUGACCAAGGCGUAUCAGUGGCGGAAUGGCGACUUAGAGAAGGAUGACAAGGCCAGGGGAAUCCAAAACCGCAUGUCGUGGUUUAUGCUGGUGGAGAAGAAGCAGCUGGCAGCUGUGCAGAUCGACGCGAGCGGCAUGUGCCGUGCAUGCAGUGCUUUGGUCACGAUGUCCACGUGA